UAAAAGUACUUAUUUUUUAACUGCUAAAAGCCUAGAAGCUUCUGAGAUAGAUGGCUAAACAUUCAAGAGAGUUAAGAUGUGUAAUGGCUACUAUUGAAAAUAGUUAAGUGUCUAAUGGCUAUUGAAAUGAAUGUAAGCAUCAUGAAGCCAUGAGUUGUUGCCUGAUUUGUUCCUUGUUGUGUUCUCUGUGCCUGGCGCAGGAUCUGUUACAUAGUAGGCACUCAAUAAAUGUUACUUAAGUGAAUGUUUUUGUCUAAAUGGUCUCCAGUUCUCUCAUUCCACACUAAUUUAUAUCUCUGUCUAUAAACCUACGUGUUUGUACUUGGAUUUUUGUUGCAUAUGGUAGAAAUAAGAGGAUCAAAGUAUCAUUUCAUGAAUCACUGUGUUUAUUGCCAUACAAAGAAAAUGUUUUCUUGGGUUCACAGUACUUAAUGAUGGGGAGAGUAACAUGGACGCACUUCACAGGGAAUACACUCAAUAGAUGAGGUACAUUAACCACAUUGUGAAUGUGCUCCAAAGCUAUUAAAGUCUCUUUGUUCAAUUAUGAUGAAAGGAGGCCUCUGUGUUCAAGUGAAGGCUAAAGGUGGAAGUGUACCUUUAUAUGAGCAGUUCUUGGGAGAAGCUGGCUUGACCACCAUAGCUGAGAUCCUGAACCACAUGUUAGGCUACUCAGUGCUAGAAGGUGCUGGCUUGUGGAGUGUAAAAACUCUGAGGCGUGUUGCAGCCUGAGCUCUCUGGUUUUGGAGAAGCAGCUGACAGAGAGUAGCCCUGCCUCAGUCUAAGCUCCCAAACUGUCUGUUAAGCUCUUGAGUGUAUAUGUAGAAGUCCAGUAUUCGUGACAGUAACUCACAUAUGGAUUUUGAUAAGAGAUGAGGUAACAUUCCUGAGAGGAUGGAGAGUUCACUCGUGGAUAAAAAUACUGUGAUUGAUACUAGAGUGUGUUAAAUUAUCAUGCAGUAAAUAUCAUGUAUGCAAAACAAAACUAACCUAUUUUGCCUAGUCAUUCUAGAUAAUAAAAAUAAAGACAGCAGAAUUGAGCUAAAGAAAAAGCCGUUAUCCAAUAAAAUUUUACCAACUGUUGGUGCUUUACAAGUAAGGUAAUAAUGUCCUUUUGACCCAUGUGAUUUCAAGGUUAAUCAUUUGUGAAUGCUUUAACUGUCUUUGUUCUACAUGGUUGUAGAAUUUAGCUUGUGAAAGUAUAUUCUGGAUCAUGCCUUAUCCAAGAAGGGUUUAGGUAAAUAUUCAAAUCAGGAUAAAAUAUAUUGUGUAAAGUAUUAUUAUGGUCUUAUGGUAUGAUAUUUUCUUAGAAUAUCAGUUUAUGAACUGAGCCGUAAUUCCUGAAUUUAAUUGUUCUUUUAUGCCUUAAAAUUGUCUGUUAUUACAGUGUUGAAAUUCUUCUCACAUCAUUUUCAAUUAUUGUUGGCCUGAGUCUGCAUUCACAUUAGUAAUUUAAAGUGAAAGAUGUUCCUUAUCCUGUGAACAAUCCUUGUGCAUAAGAAAAUUAAUUCAAUUCUUACAUGUUAUCUUCUUCUGUUAUAAAAGAAUUGCUGAUAUCAUGGACUUAGAUGACCUUUACAGGUCAUUUACUGCCAUAAAUUCAUGAUUAUGUGCUUAAACUAGGUAAAUUAUGAGAAAUAAAAUUUUGAAAUGCCAGCUGCUUUUGUUUAUAUUAAUACACAUUGGAACAUUAUUCUCAAUAUCCAGAAGAGCUUCUUAGCAUUUUCUCAGUAAAAUAUUGUAUCUUCAGUGUCACAUGCAUGUUUUGAUCCUGUUUGUUAUACUCUUAAUCAUUUUGCUCUUUAGUGAUCAUACAAGUGAUCAUUCUAACAAUUGUGGAUCAUUUUGCUUUAGGUCUUGUUUGCAUUAGGGGCCUCUUGGUCCAGGGCACAGACAUCUGAUUUGAACAAGGUGAAACAUAAAGGGAAAUGUAUUCUCUGCUGAAACAAAACAGCACGAAGAGAGGGAUGUAUUGGGGCUUAGGGAUAAUUGGAAUAAGGGAUUUGAGCACUGCACAUCUUUCUCCAUUGGUCUGCUCUAUGUUUCUUAGCAUGUCUGCUUCAUCCUCCCACAAACUAGCUGCUUCCCUAUAGUGAGCAAUUUACCAGACUAAUGUCUUCCUGCACCUGAGCACAGUUAUGGUGACUGUUCACCUUUUCCCUCAUCUGAUUAGAAAAUUUUGGGGAGAGCAAGACUUGGCUUUCUUGUAUGCCCACCCCAUUGGCCGGAAGGUGGGUAUUAUAAAUGAUAGCCCAAGAACAUGUGCUUAGAAACAAUGAGGUGUUUUAGGCAGACAAAGUAAUAAGUGCCUAUUGUUGUUCCUUUUAUGACUUUUGGAAUAAAAGUGGUUCUAAUAGUCAGUGACUCUGAAAUGACAUGAAAUACUGAAUUGUUUCAUAUGCUGGGAAAACUUUAGUUUUGACAUUUCUAAUUCAAGUGUUAGGAUGGAUACUUUUCAAUAAUAGGUGAAAUUCAUAAAAUUAACUUGUUUAUGCUAAUACAGAGUGCUGCUUCAUACAGGGAAUGGUUUGAAUAACUGUAUACAGAUAACUGACUGCUCUGAUAGAAAUACUAUAGGAAAAUACUAUGAUUGGGGAUUUUUGUCCAUAUAAUAAAACAGUUAUUGAGGUCAUCUAAAGUAAGAUCACUUUAUGAAAUAUUUUGAUAACAUGAAGACUGAAGAUAGCAACAAACAGGCCUACUUCAUUUUCAAGGGAAAAGAAUGUUUGUUUAAAUAUUUUCGUUAUAAUAUAUUGUGGGGGAACCUAAGCCAUCAAGAAAGAAUAUAAUAAUCAUGAAAAUAGGUCUUUUUAACAUGAUGGCUAGCUCGUCACAAGAGAGUACUGGAAGAAAUCAGACCGUAACAUUUGUAGGUGUAGGGCAGAUACUGUGGCCCAUGGGCAUAAAUGGCCUGCAACAUGUUUAGGGUCACAGAAUGUGUGUGUUUGGUUUUGUUUUAUUUUAAUGAGCUUCUUUUUAAAACUAGGACAAUUUCAUCUGAAGUUCUAGAUUUCUGCCUACUUAUUUUUAAAAGGAUUUGAAAGAUAAAACAUCAGUGAAAUGGAAUAGACAAUCCAAAGGUACAAAACCUACUCUGAGCCUUAGUUUCCUCAGUAAUCAGUCUGUCAACGAAAUGAAAUGAAUAAAGACCAUCUACCACAGAGGGUUGCUGUGAGGAUUGGAUAAGAUUAUGUUACAUGAACCUCUUACGUAUUUGCUGGAAACCAUGUCUCAUUAUACAGAUGAACCCAGAUUUACCAUAGAGCAGAUAGAUCUGCUUCAGCGCCUUCGGCGUACUGGAAUGACUAAACAUGAAAUUCUCCAUGCCUUGGAAACUUUGGAUCGUCUUGAUCAAGAGCAUAGUGACAAGUUUGGAAGAAGGUCCAGCUAUGGAGGAAGUUCAUAUGGGAAUAGUACCAACAAUGUCCCAGCAUCUUCCUCUACAGCUACAGCUUCCACACAGACGCAGCAUUCGGGAAUGUCCCCAUCACCUAGCAACAGUUAUGAUACUUCCCCACAGCCUUGCACUACCAAUCAAAAUGGGAGAGAGAAUAACGAGCGAUUAUCUACGUCCAAUGGAAAGAUGUCACCAACUCGCUACCAUGCAAACAGCAUGGGUCAGAGGUCAUACAGUUUUGAAGCCUCAGAAGAGGACCUAGAUGUAGAUGAUAAAGUGGAGGAAUUAAUGAGGAGGGACAGCAGUGUGAUAAAAGAGGAAAUCAAAGCCUUUCUUGCCAAUCGGAGGAUUUCCCAAGCAGUUGUUGCACAGGUAACAGGUAUCAGUCAGAGCCGGAUCUCUCACUGGCUGUUGCAGCAGGGAUCAGACCUGAGUGAACAGAAGAAAAGAGCAUUUUACCGAUGGUAUCAACUUGAGAAGACAAACCCCGGGGCUACGCUAAGUAUGAGACCAGCCCCCAUUCCAAUAGAGGACCCUGAAUGGAGACAAACACCUCCCCCAGUGUCUGCCACAUCUGGUACUUUCCGACUACGACGAGGGAGUCGAUUUACCUGGAGAAAGGAGUGCCUGGCUGUUAUGGAAAGUUACUUCAAUGAGAAUCAAUACCCAGAUGAAGCAAAGAGGGAAGAAAUUGCAAACGCUUGCAAUGCAGUUAUACAGAAGCCAGGUAAAAAACUGUCUGAUCUGGAAAGAGUUACCUCCCUGAAAGUAUAUAAUUGGUUUGCUAACAGAAGGAAGGAGAUCAAGAGGAGAGCCAAUAUUGAAGCAGCAAUCCUGGAGAGUCAUGGGAUAGAUGUGCAGAGUCCAGGAGGCCACUCCAAUAGUGAUGAUGUCGAUGGGAAUGACUACUCUGAGCAGGAUACUUGGCAAGUACGCAAUGGGGAGGAGGAGGAGGGAAGAAGUUCAGAGGGAGGCAGAGAAGCAGAGAAGGAUGACAGUACGAGCCAUAGUGACCACCAAGACCCCAUCUCAUUAGCUGUGGAAAUGGCAGCAGUCAACCACACUAUCUUGGCAUUGGCCCGACAAGGAGCCAACGAAAUCAAGACAGAGGCCCUGGAUGAUGACUGAUCAGGGAGGUUAAACACGACAAGUUAACUUAGUUUAGACGUAGCACCUUAGCAGACUUUCCUCGGUCCUUAACAUGUGUUCUUACAGUAUAACUUGCAGUUUCUUGUAUGUCAGGUAGCCGUUAGGGUCUUGUUCUGUGAAGAUGGCAUGGUGCCCUCAGCCUUUGCAUAUACUCUCUCAGUAUUAAUUCCCAGUAAAUAAUAACCAACCAACCAACCAAACUUCCCUCUCCCAGCCCCCGAGGCUAGAAAAUCUUGCUGCUCCGUCUUAGCAUUCCAAGAAAGUGCUUCCAGGUAUUUAGAUAGCCCUCAGUUCUCAAAUAUUAGGCUACGUGUAAAAUCUUGGGUACCUUUAGAUUCUUGUAACACUAGUCUGUACCCCCUUUUCCUUCCCCAAGACUGAUAGGAUGCAAGCUGAGGUCGUGGCACAGGAAUGACAGACACCAUUUGGGGAGUAUCCACAGAGUCAGAGGAACACUAGAAUCCCCACCUCAGCAUGAGGAUAAUUGAUUUCCAGCUGCAAUAAGCCGUGCCUCAUAGCCACCUGUGGCUAGAUUAUACUUCUUGGGUGCUGUGCUAAGAAUGUCAAUGGAAAAAGUCAAUCUCACAUUUUGUUUGAAGUUAACAUGCCUGACACAGACAUCCUUUUCUCUCACAAGCUGUGUGACUUAGUAGAUAAAAUACUGCCUUCUGCCUUUGGGACCAUGAUUAAAAACAAAAACAAAAAAAAGACAAAAACUAAAAGUCAUAAAAAAAAAAAAACCCAGCUUGAGAGCAUUGGGAAAAACAUGAGCUGAAUGUCUAAUGGAUGCUAGAAGUCCAGUGUUCAGAACCACUGCACAUUCCGCGGCACACUUAGCAGUGCCUGCCUGGAAAAGUUUUGGAGGUCAUCGUGGAAGUUGCUUUGCCUCCUGUCGGUGUCCCUUUUCCCUGCUACCAAAAAAGUCUUUUUCAAGGAUGGAGCUAAGGUCAAAAAUGAGUGAAAAAACUUGCAGUGUUUGUAUCUAUUAAACUGAAGCCCCCUCAAUCUGAGAGGUCGCUAGAGGACUUCAUAGUGGGGUCGUGCUGCCUGUCUCAGAUGCAGACGCUUGCCCAGAUAGGAGCAGAGAAAAGCAGGGACGCUUCCCACUCACAUUGUGGCUGUACCAGAACGACAGGAUGGGACUGCUUUGCUGUUCUCUUUACUCUGUCCUUGGAGAGACGUGAAAAGCUGUAUUGCUACAGGCGAUUUAUUUAAUAAUUGGAAGCCAUAUUGAUAAUGGAUGUGGUAAUAUUUGUAAAGUUUAAUCUACUUUAAGCGGCAGUAACUAAUGGAAUUUUUUUCCUUGAUCACAUGUAGCACUUUUGUUACUUUUUAAAGAUAUUUAUAUUUGAUAAAUCUUUUUUUCAUUUUGAGAACUCAAAAAUACCAAACAGUGAACUUGUGUUCUAAAGUCACCCUGUGAUCACCUUGUCAUCUAGUAGCAAAAUGAUGAACUAUUCAUGCAUCAAAGAAAAUUACAUCUGCUGGCCUUGUACGAAAAUGAUCUCUUGGCAUCCCGAUUAAAUGACACACUGUCACUGUGGGUAUGAGGAAAGAGCCUUCAAUGUAGCAGCACAGGGUGCAUCUGAACGAGGCACAACUGCUAUGUAUUUUCUGCCUCAUCCGGUCCCUCCUGUGUAGAAUGAAGCCGUGUUUAAAGGGGACUGUGGGGCUGGCUGUUACGCAGGGCUUCUUUCUGUCCAUUACCUGAAAACUAUUUCAAAGACAGAAGGAAGGUGCCAUUUCCUUACCUCUUCAGCCAUCCUCUUCCACCAAAUGUAUUCAACUUAAAACUAUGAGAGACUGAAUGACCUUCCUCGAUUUUCCCUUUCUCAUUCAGGAGAUACUGAGUAUCUGCCAGUUUCUAUCUGAACUUUUCCCACUUCAGGCACAUGCUGACCACAUCAUUUCCUUAUCUGUUAAUCCUGCUUAUGUGAGUGUGAGGCGAGUCUUUGCGAGAGCAUGAAAGUGCCACCUUAUAUAUGUCUGUGACUAUAAAGAACUGUAUGCAGGGCCUGGUCCUGCUCUUGUCCAUGGAUUUCAGGGGGAAAAAUAUAUGUACUUUUUCCAGCUUCCAAGCAUUGAAGUAAAGCAGAGCCGUCUCUUCUGUUUUACUGUAUUACUUGAACCAACAAAUUCAAGAGUAGCAUUUGUUAUUCUCAGGAAUGAGCCUCCCUCUUCCCUCUCAUAUUCUUUCAUGGUUUAUCUGACUUUUUAUUUCAAUUAGGAGAUUGCAUUAUCUUUCUUUCCUUUUAUUUGGCUUAGAGGAAAUAUUUCCAUUUUGGUGGAAUUUUGUCUGCUUAUUCUCAAUUGAAUCGGAAAGAACAAGGAGACAGAAAAAAUCCACUCUCUGACAAGCCACAUUCAUGAUUGAUUGCAAGGAGAUUAUUUUAAUCGAUAGCUUCUUUAUGAUGGGAUUGCUAGUAUCAUUUGUUCUUGCUGGUCUUUUUAGAGGAACAGACUCAAACUCUUAAGACAGCUGCAGUUGCUAAAGAAAUACAAAGAUUGCCGUAGAAGCACUAAAAGGUUUCAUUGUUUUAACACCUAUAAGGGAGGAAAAAAGCUUCAGAGAAUAAAGGUGAGUUGGAGUCCAUGAAGGGUAGUACCAGGCCCUAUCUGGCAAUGUGGUGUAACUGAAAGAACAUUUGUGCCACUGCAGGAGAAUGUCCUGUAGAGCUCAGUGGGAACAGAAUGAAGGCAUCUUCCACCCACAGUCAUUGUCAUUUUUGGAGAAGACCCACUGCCUUACAUGUCACCUUUGCUUUUUCAUCAAGAAUGAGAAUGUACUUCCUUUGGGCCUAGAUUUAAAUCUACUGUCGGUUUUCUGUUUGCCACCAGGUUCAAUUCUACUGUCUUGUCCAGGCCACCUUAGUUCUUCUAAUGGUGUGUGGCACUGCUACACUUAACAUUUCUGGUAUCUUUAGGUAGUAUAUUUCUUGUAAUCUUUUUCAGGUUUUAGAGGUGGAAUUAAAAUAGACACCCUAAACUUCCUUGUCACUGAAGAGAAAGCAGCCAGUCUCUUAAAAACUCACGCUGUGUGCUUCUCAGUGUCUGGGCCCCUCCCAUCAGACUUCUCUCCCUCCUUCAGGCCGUGGGGACUCCGCAGGGGCGGCUCCUUGCAGUCAGGAACACUUUGAAAAGUCCUUUAAAGUGGUGGGGGGACCUUGCCAACAGGUAUUCAUAUAAUUUGUUAUUUCUUUAAAGAUACUUUAAUUGAAUUACUAUGGUCAGAUGGGUGAACUUCCAGCCUUUAAAAACACUGACACAAGGACCUUUUAAAAUGGGUCAUCUUGAUGAGAUCUGCCCAUCUGUUGAUUACCCCAACAGCAGAUGAAGGCUGGGGAGGGCAACACCCUGCAUUCUCAUCUCAAGCCUUCAGUGCCAUUCAGUCCCAUAUGGACAUUUUGGUUUCUUUCAGCAAAGUAAAGUUGGAAUACCCUUACGGCAAUUUCCUUUACAAUCACAAUUACAGUUCUUUAAGUGGUUAGUAAAGGUAGUUGCCUUCCACCCACUUAUGACUUUGAACUGUCCCCACCCCUGUUAUUCACAAGGUCAGUCCUCCCACCCCACCCCCAUAUUCACAUUCCCAUGGCCCCUCACAGGAAGAAGGAACCUGGGGCAGAGAGGAGGAAAAUCACUAAUGCUAAAGUGUGCAUGUCAAGUUCUCUAGUUCUUGGUAGAUUUAUGGUGACAGCCAGUUCAGUGAUCAUCACCACCUAUGUUAGGUCCAUGUAUCCAGAUAUAUUUUACCUCAAAGGACAUGACUGAAAAAUUCACCAAUGUAAUUGUUUCCGUUCUGCCUGUUUAAUGCUUGUGUUUAAGAAAUAAUGGCUUUAGACGCUUCUCCCUUGGGUAUCAACCACCAGGCACCAAGUAUAAACAGACUCAUUGGAUCAGGAGUUUCCAGCCUUAUCCUAUCUGUCUGAACAGCUUCUCCUCUGUCUCCCUCUGACUAGGUCUUCAGCUGACUUCUUUGCUGGAAUUUUCUAAUCUUGUUACAUCAGGGAAAAGUAGCUGGGUGUGGUCCAUCUCUUCACACAAACACUCCUCGUCUUGACCAGCUACGUAUUCCACUGACCAGCGUCACCAUCUCUGCCCUUAACUGUGGAAAUGAUCCCUUUUCCACAAAUGCUGUCCCUCCCUCCCGUCUCCGUCCUACAAAUGUGAACUCUUAAGUCUUUACUCUCUGUUCUUAAGAGUUUGGUUAGAAGCAGUCUUCCCAUUUAAUUUGUGGCUCUGCCUUUUAAAAUUGCCUUUUGUCUUUUGUUGUUCAGAGAAAAACCAGUGUUUUCUCCCCCGGGUGUCUCCACAGAUUCUUAGGCAAUAAUUUUUCUUGUCAGUGAUCCCGUGCUCAGUGCCACCCUACACUGAAGAACCCAACCCACGCCAUUGUGCGUUGGUUUCUGUGUCAGUCUCUGUGACCUGAAACAUGUCAGAGUGAUAAUAGACUUUUGUCAUUCGUUGUGUUAGUCAUGUUUUACUACUGUAUUCCUUGGGGCUGCGCUGAGACCACCCAAAUCCAUUUAUAGCUUUGCUGAGCCGGAUUGAUUUGUCAAGAUUUCCCAAGUGAAAGUUGGGCACAUUGCCCAGCUCCUGCUGUAUCUUUGGGGAGUGUGGCAUGGGGUGGGGGGAUGUCCUGGGGCAGGGGUGGGAAUGACACACAGAAGACAUUCCAUUUUUUUUUUUUUUUUUUCGUGUACUCCUUAAAUAGCAAGGAUGUUUCCUUGGGAUUGGGUAUCAUGUCAGCCAUGUUGAAUUUGGCAAACUGAGCUGCACGCCCUGAACGCGGUCUUACUGUUUCUUCAUUUCCGUAUUAGGAAUACCUGAGUUAUCCAAUGCCGUGUUCCCUGAGAGUGGAAGGCUUUCCUGGAGCAGCAGCUGCGCAUGGCCAGGUCAGCUGUCCGGAUGUCACGGUGGUGUGCGGUCAGAGCAGAGGGCCUUCCUUUUCCUGUAAUGUGCUCUUACUUCUUUAUGCAUGCUUGGUUUCAAAGAUGACUGUCACUUUAAAAGAAAGAUUUCCUUAGCACUCUCCAGAGAACUAGCACACUAAGUUGGUAGGAAAGGCUUCUCAGAUGCAAGCCAACAAGUCAGUUUUCUGAUGACGGAAAGUCCUCUCACAUACAGGUUGUGUUUGGAAAGGCAGUUCUCAGUUCUAUUUAUAAACUGCAAGUGAUAAGCUACUGUCUUGUGACCUCGCAGGCCAGCGGUUGACUCAUCUCGGAAAGGUAACUUUGUUCAGAUCUAUGUGUAAUUUUCAAACCUGGAAGUUUGUAUAUUGAGAGUUUCAGUAUCGGCUUUGUUAUUCUUUCUUGGUGAGGAUUAGAAAUGGCAGCAAAAAGCAAGCCAAGAACCUGAAAACUCCAGUCUCCUUUAACAGUGGCAUGGUUUUAAAUCAAGACGGGAAGAAACACAGGAGGGGAGGAGGGAAGACUUGUCGGCUUCUUAUCUCAGUGACGUAAACACCUCGGGAUUACAGGCAUGUGGAUCCCUGAGCCUCUUUUUUGUCAUUCUUCCUCUGACAUUUGUGGCAGAACUGAAUCUAGUUGAUUCUGUUCACGUGAAAUGUGACAAGCAUUUUGACACCAUGAGACAGUUGACCACCCACAUGCCACACCCAUUGGCUGUCUCAUCAGCCAGCCUCCUAACUGCACCCAGAGGGGCACAGCUGCAGGGGCGCCGCACCUUCCUCCUCUCCUGACAGUCCUUUCCUGUUGCUGGUCUGCGGGUUGGCCCCGGUCUGGACAGCUGUGUCCGCUGCUGCUCGGCUGCUCUCCAUUUGGUCGGUGCGGCCAGUGUGGGGAUGCACAGCCCAGCUCACACUUGAGAAGUCUCAGGAUGCUGCUUCCCUGGACUUCCCAUUUUCAUUUUAUCUUCUUUUCUUUUAAGUAAGAGUGGCUCUGUAUAGCCAUAAUUAACUCUCCAAUUCACAUUGGUGUGCUGUGAUCAAAUGAAGGUUGGGCUGAAUCUUUUCAAAUUGUAACCAUGGUAAUUGAGGGGGGUGGCAUAGAAUGAAUAUAUAAAAAUAUAAUGGCAAUUGUUCUGAAUGACUGAGUGUCCUUCUGACAUGUAAUUAGCUGUUUUAGCAGGAUGUAGAUUGGCAUGGUCAUAAUUAAAAGGAUUUCUGUCCUUUAUGUGACUGGAAAUGGCAGAGCUCCCAUCCCCUGUUCCCUUGUAGCACACUAAUGCUCCCGAGAACAUUUGGAACUGCAGCUCCGUAAACUAAGAUAAUGACAUGGUGCUCGUGUUCUCCCCUUAGUGAAAGAGAAGGAUUUGGAGUUGUUUCAGCUUCAAAAUGGAAGCCUUUGAUUAUUGUUCCCCAUUUGACUUCUAAGUUCUUUGAAACCUCACUCACAUCCAAUUCUAACUUGCCUCACCUCUGGCAGAAACCAGAGUCAGGACCCCAGAAUGAGCCCCUCUGGCUGGCCCGCUCAGGGCUCUUGUGGGCCUAACUCAAGGACAUUGCUGCUUCCUGGGCUCCCUGUGAUCUUCAUAUUUCCCUUGAUUGCUUGAUAUUUCUAUUGCCAUCACUAUCAGAAAGCAUUUCCCAAACAGAAAUGUACAGAAAAUUGAGUUUUCCUCAUUGAAUCCUAGAACUCAGAGCAGACAACAUGACAGGACACAUAACUAACACAGGCGUUAGGCAGGCAGGGGCGCGAGGGGAGUACUGUUCACUACGUCUAAAGCUGCUGGACAGCGCGCAGGAUGAGUGUCUGCCCACUCCUCUCACACCGCUCUUACUUGGCAGCUGCCCCAGCCACCAGCACUGUGGCCGCCCCGAGUCUUCCCCACUGUUCCACUGUCCCGUGUGAGUCUCUCCCCGGCACUCGAGUCCAUGUUUUCUCCCUCCCACUCCUCUCUCUUUGAUGCUCCCUGUCGCACGGGACAUUGCCAUACACGGUCCCUGACCACAGUCCCCUGCUCUUCUCCUGAGGUGUCACACUGGAUAGGAGCUGCUGAGUCACCAACUCACCUUUCCCUAGAAUUUGGCUUUAUUUCCCCAUCAUUUGCAGCGGUCCUUAUUCAAUUAUGUGAUCAAGAGUGAGUCUACAAGAAUAUCAGCACCUGACACAGUGCCAAAUGGCCUUUCGUAAUCGGCUUCAUACCCUGAGGCUCACACUUGUUCUGGGUGAGCCCAGGACCAUGAGCCUUUUCUUUUCCGGGUCUGGACACUCCUGGGUUGGUUAGGCUAGCCACUGGAGAGAAUACGGCUCUGGCCUUUCUUCAUGUUUUGCUGCUUUUCUUUGUACAAAUCUUUCCCUUCCACGUACCAGAAGGAACCCUAACCUAGUUGAAAUGCUAGUUGCAAUUCGGUCUCAUGAGAAUGCUGAAAUAGGCUGCUGAAUUAAAAUUAAAAUUGUCCUCUUCCCUGAAAACACACACACCUAGAGAAUGUAGGGAAAGGCUCUUAGGCGUUGGGAAUCUUAUAUUUUUAUUCCCCACAAAAUACCUACAAAGAAAUGUAUAGUAUUCCCUCAGUACUCCUCCUCCUGCAAGCUCUAAAAGCAACCUCAUUCCCACCCAGCCCCUGCACACCUGCUUGCAAGAUCCCUGCAUGCAGUCAUGGAGACUGUGUUUUUUGGGAUCCUAUCAGUCUGUAUGACAACUGGAAUGAUCACAGAUUUAUGACCCCAAAGGGUAGAGCAUCCCUUUUCAUAAUUUCCCAGCUGCUAAAAGAUGACUAUCUCCAUUAGAAAUUAGAAUCUGUCUUGAGGUUAGAGAUGGUAAGAACUGACUGGAUGAGUCUAAUUCUGUGAUUUGUGAGAUACGCAUUGAAACCGCCAGCAGAGCAUUCUGAUGACCCACCCACAUUCAAAGAAAGCAGAAUUCACAGCACAGGUAAACCUUCUAAUGGAGCCGCUGUCGCAGGGAUCAAGUUACUAGAGGUGCUGCUUCAGGGAUGGUGCUACUUCACAAGAACCAGUCGGAGAGGCACCUCCCUUCCCAAAUGCUUCCGCAGGCCACUCUGCUGAUCCAGAAAAACCCAACCAUAUAUUCCUUUACCAGCAGCCCCUGCCCUUUCCCUAACAACACAACUCAACCCACCAGAAUCACUGAAAAUCAAGGCAAUGCUUACCCAUGAAAUACAUGGUUUUUGAACAAAAACCUCAGCAGUCACUCUUGUAAGAAACUAAAGAUGCCACCAUUGUAAAUCAUGAUGCUACAGAGACAAACGCACAGGUCUUCUGACCACCCCAAAGUCAAGACAAUGCAGCCGAUGUUUCCUGAGCACGUACUGUAUGCUGGGCCUGUGCACUGCCUCAUGACCCGACACCACGCAAGUCACCUGGCCCACGGCAAGGCGAGUCUCCCCUCAUUUCUUCAUUUCAGUAGGACAUUCAUUAUCAAAGAAUGGACCGCAUAUGGUGGUCUGCCCUCUCUGAACACUAACCUGGUUUGUCUUCUCACGCAGCAGUGCCAGGCAGCCCCCCCAGACGCACUGUGGCAUUGCCCCCACCUCUGUGAGCUGAUUUCCCUCCUUGAGGGUCUGGAUACCACAGCCCCUCCGGAGUCUUCCUCCUUGGUCAGUGAUGAGGACAGGAGUGCUGGGAGUAGUGUAGCAGUGGACAGGGUGGGAAGCCUGGGUGCCGAGCACCCCUUACCUGCAGUUAGCCAAGGCACAGACAGGAAACCUGUUUGCGCUUCCCGUCUUCUCUCGCCAGCUCUUUUAGCACUUACCUGGCCUUUCCUUCGGGGUUCCCGCUGCCUUCUGGAGCAUUCGGCUAGCCCCUCCUGCUCUCUGGACACUGAAGCUCUGGGGCGCUGGAAUUAGAUGAGUGUCUGCUCUGGCUCCUCAUGGGCCCUGACUGCCAGGAAAUAACAGUUGCUGGAGACAUCUUGAUCUGGGCUCAGCAUGAGAACUUUCUAUUACCCAGAAUCCAGCGGAGGCACGAGCUCCUUCAGGGUAGAGGUCUGGUCCCUGUCCUGCCACUUGGAUCUGUGGUGACUUGUCAGGGACAUUGAAUAGGGACAUGGGCACCAAGCUGACCUGAGGACUCAGUUAACUCACGUUCUGUGUUUCUUCCCCCCGCCCCUUGUCUACCUCUUUUCCGUCAAACCUAAGUGGCUCUCUAGGGGUUGGCUUUCUCAUGGUCUCUCUCUCCUGACCUGCUCUGCCCCAUCGUGGGCAUCUUGGAACCACACCAGAAGCAAGGCCACAGCUGUGGACCGGUCCCCCAUGAGAGUCUCCCUGGCUCAAUGGCCCCUGUAAUAGGUACCUAGUUACAUUAUCAUCCAACCUCCACUCCCUAAAAAGCUGCCUCGGUUUGCAGGAGAAAGGUAGGUGUGCCUUGCAUUCUGUUAUCAGUCCAGAUUUGGCAUCUGGUGGCUGGGGUGCCAUUGGGAUUUUGGAAUGGAAGCAGUUCGAUUCCUCCCUAGGAAGUUGCUCACAGCACUCACCAAGUGCAGUCUGUGGCAGUGAUGAGUCACCAAAUUUGUGUUUCAAGGUUUAUUCCUUUCUCCCUUUAGGACUUGAUUUCAACUUCCCGUCACUUCAGGCUGAGUCUAAAUUUCAGUCAUGUAUCGUGGCUUCCUCUGAGCACAGAAACCUCUCCUUUUCUUCCAUUAAUGGAACUAAGAUCCCAGCAUAAACUGGUGAGAGUCAUUUUUCCACGUCGUCAUUCGCUGGAGCUAUGAAGCCAGAACACAGAUUGAUGUUAGUGUUAUAUUAAUGUAAGCAGCAGCCACUCUGGUGAUGUUCCAUUGAAUUCUUUUUGUUCUUAUACCAGAUUCACAGGGUCAGGCAGAGUUUAGAGUGGGCUGCAUGAAGCUGCGCUCAGCGGUGGCUGCUUUCAAGCAGCAUUGUUCUUUUGCCUUGAAACCACAUUUCCCAGUGUUAGAAUCAGUGAGCCCCUUAAUCCUGCAUCCUGAAAAUGGGCACCACAAAACCAAAACCAAAGUUCGGGGUUGGGGAGCAGGGCUUGUCUCUCGAAGCACAGGAGCUUGGGCGGGUGUCCCCCGACUGUGCCUCGGUUUUAAAGGGACACUCGGAAGGGCCUCCUCUUUUCUUAGCAGCUGCCUCAUGUUUACUCUAGAAAGCAAGCACGUGCAGCCUGUGCCUCCUCGACCCAUGGUGGGUGUCUAGAGCAGGCCCUGGGAGCCACUUCUUUUAGCCACUUCCUUGGGGGCUAUAGAGCACAGUCACAGGAAGGUCUCUGCUGGGCUGAUCCCCUGGGCCCUGAGCCAUCACAACAUUGGCAUCCUCAGACCCACCCGGCCUACAAGUCAGGACACUCCCCCUGCUCAGAGACGCCAGGCGCGCCAGCGUUGCCUCCCCUAGAAGAGCCCACAGCCUUCUCUGACCUCCCCGCGGGCUCACCCUCCCUUCCAUGGCCAUGGUCACAUUGGGUAUGCAGUACCUUUCAAGGAUAGAUUUUUGUUUAUGUUUUUUAAGUGCCUAAGCAAGUUACAGACGUCUGGAACCUGCCAGAGAGUUGGCCUGUGCCCUGUCCCCAUCCCUCCCCCCCCUGCACUGGCUCUUGAGGAUGGGCACAAGGCGGCUGCCCCUCUUCAGUGUCCCUGGUGUUCUGCAGGCAGAGCAAGGCAGGGACAAGCUAGCGGGAGAGAUCACUUCACAGCCACAUCAGGCUGGCUUUGUCACUAUUUUCCAGCAUUUCUUUCUUUAGAGCUGUUUCUGUUUAUAUGGGUUUGGUCUUGGUUAAUAGAGAAUGUAAGAGUCUGCUUAGGGAAAUCUCAGUAGCCAUUGAGUAAGAAGACAGGAGAGCAAGACAGCUUCAGCGGCAUUCUGGCUCUGGCUUUGGUAGGAGUUGGAAAACGUGUCCACAUCCAAGAGGGCGAAGCGUCGAAUCACCCUAGCUCAUGAGCCUGCUGACUCACCUGCCAGCGUGAGCCACAGGAGCCCCAGCUGCCUUUCUGAGCCCUCUCUUCCUAGACUAGAGAUCAGGGUGUCUGCUCACGAGGGCUCGGGAAAGCCAGCAGUCGGGCGUCCAGAUCCAAAGUGUGUCUUUGGAAAUGAAUGUGAGAGUAUUUGUUUGCUUCUUUUCUAAAAAAUAAUUUGUCUGACCUAAAUACGGGGCCUUUAUUCUGCAAUGGGUGUACGACAGAUUAUUUCGUGACUGCACUCUGUUCAAAUCACAUCACUAAGCAGCGCCCAGAUGAUUUGUUGGUGCAUUAAAAGGUUUUGCAAAAUGGAACAAUCCAUACCCAGGCACUUUAUUUUCAUUAAUAAUCCAGCAUUUUUGUUCAGACAAUGUAAUCUGGGUUUCACAUUUGACACGUGGGCAAACUUGCCAAUGAACUGUGACCUGAUAGAGAGGGAAGGCGGGCUGGUGAAGGUAAUCCGAUGGGAGGAUAGUGCUGUGGUCAUGAAAAUGAGGCUUUCUGUAGCAUGUCAGCCAACCCAGACCCUAGGCAGCACGUCGUCCCUCAGUUCUCCAGAUGCUGUUUUUGCAGGUUCUACCAAGUGCUUGUCGAUUACCCUCGCUGUAAUUGUCUAGGGAAGAGCUGAAUGUCAGUGAGGGUGCAGAGCACUGGGGAGGACGACAGUGAAAUGCAGUUAGAGGCAGCAAGAGAGGUCCGGUUUGUUCUCACGUAACUGGACUUGAACGCUCCAGCGCGAGCAGGGUGCUAGGGUGGAUUCCACUGCCGAACCAGGGCAGCCCUGCUUUACUCCUCAGCGUGGGGUGGGAACUAGCUGCGCAGCAGGUUAGGAAAUGGAAAGCAAGCAUAGCAGCUGUAAUCUCGGCGGAUACGCCGGAGCAGAUGCCUUGGGAUUGUCUGAAGUGUUCAGCAUCCACCAAAUAGUCGAAUUUCUAAGAUGGGCCACGUGGGAUCCCUGCCACGUGGGUGUGUGGGCAGCGCACUCCUCCCUGCCUCGGCUGCUGUGUGUCUUAGUCUUCACGUUUCCCCUCGGCGUCUCCUCUGGUCCCUGUCCAUCUUGUGCGCCAUGUGUCCCUGAGGGCGAGUCACACCUGUGUCUGAGUCUGCUGUAAGGUGUUCAGUCUACCUCAAGGGGUCAUCAUGGUAAGCUCUGUCCACGGCAUCCUCCGCCCAUCGCCGCACACACUGGAAUGUAUCCCCCCCCCCCGCCCCAUCCCUUCGACAACCUCUGACCCCGUCUUUCCUGUUACCACCACCAACUCCUAGUGCAAAUUGGAUGCUGCUUUAAAUGUGAAAACAAUUGUUCAAAAGCUAUAAAACCUGAAUGAAAGCUGAAGCUGAAUUUAUAAGCCUUGUUGCAUAUGAGCCAAAAGUGCAAAAAGCUCUAUAUAAUGAACUAACCUGCCACUCGUAUAAAUAUAAAUAUAUAUAAAUAUAUUAAAAUCAGACUGUUCUACAAAAUUGUGUAUUUGUAUUUUUGUGUACGUACAAUUUUCUGCUAAGCAGAAGGAGGAUGUAGUAUAGGAUGCUGUGAGAAGAGCUUUGGUUUAAUCCUACUUCUUUGUUACUUAUUUUUGUUAACAUCCGAUGCCUGUCUUUGUCUUCUGUGUAUGACACUGUGGAAAGCUGCAGUAUCUCUCUUCCUGAGGUCCGGAGUCCAUUAAAAAAUAAGUAUGGGGCUUAGAGUUGUCUUGGCCACCGAACACAGGUGAGCCAACAGAGUUUGGCUACCGUAUGCGGUGCAGUGGGGCCUGGAGCUGCUCGUGGUCCUGUGGGAGGGAAAGAAAGGCCCCCCCCCCCCCCCACUUCAGGCUGGUCACUGUAUUUUGACUUCCCUCUGGGAAGCAAAAUCUCACUUGUAAAAAUCAACUUCCAAGACAAAAGAUGAUCUGAUGUCACUUUUCUGGGUCUACCAAGAAGGGACACAGAUCUCUCUGAACUUGCAACAGGCCCUUAUAUUUUGGGGCCAGAAGUUUGCCCGGAAAGCAGCAGGUGGCCCUGCCUGGCUGAAGCCCGGCUCAUUGGCCACCCUUGGGCUUCGUCUCCCUCCUCCGAGUAGUUGCUGCCCUCUUCAGAUCAGGUAACCACAAUGCCUCCCCGCUGCUGAUGCUUUGUCCCCACACCUCCAGCCCCAGUGACCUGGAGCUUCUCAGAACCCACUUUGCCGGUGCUAAAACAAACACGAGGGGGUGAAAGUGGCUGCCAGCAAUGGCCAGAAACCAACCACCAGAGGCCAAGCUGAAAGACAAGCUCCGGGUGCCCAGGGGCUGACAGGCCGACCACGCGGCGGGUCCCAGGCCCCACCCAUUGCUGCCAUAUGCCUCUGAGCUCCACGGUGGCCCCUCUCCAUGGGAACCUCUUCUAGGGAGAGUGAUACUGCACCUUCACCUGUAGGACUCAUCUUUAUAACAAUGUGUAAUGACUGUAGCAAAAAGCCCUUGUUUCUAGAUGUAAAUGGUCAAAGAAACAAGCGCUCCAUUGUAUUGAAUAAAAUAGUUCAAAUGAGUCCUGUAUCAUUGUAUCUCCUAUUCUGGAUUAGUGCCUUUUGGACAGUAGACUGUUCUGUAAUUAAAAUGUAGUAUACUGCUUUUUUGUACAGUUUUGUUUUAAUAAAACUUUUUUUUAAUUUGUGUUUAUUUUAGUAUUGUACCUAUUAGAGAAUAAAAUGUAUAACAAUA